UUUUUAAUAUCCAAAUUCUUUGUGAUGUCGUAAUAUUUUGACAAAAUCUUGUGCGUGAUAUUAACUAUUUAUAUUUAUUGUUUUGCUCUCUUACAUGAGAGUUGAGUGGAACACUUGUAUCAAACGAAGAGAUAAUAUUUUGACAGGAGGACGACUGAACGUUGGGCAUAUCGUUUGUAUGAUUGAGAUGUCCAAUGUAUCCUAAACGGGUUAGGAUAAAGACGAUAGAGCUCCAUGGCUGAGCGCCUCAGCCCUCGAAGCUCCGAGGUUAACGCCUUGGAACAGCGAGGCUAUCUUAUAGGCAAAAAAAUCGGGCAAGGGUCGUAUGCGACCGUCCACCUCGCCGAGUACUGCGAUGCGUCGAGCCCUAAGCGGAUGCACCUCGCGUGCAAAAUAUUCGACAAGGAAAAGGCCCCUCGAGAUUUUUUAGAGAAGUUUUUUCCUCGUGAACUCGACAUUUUAACUAAAAUCGAGAACCCGCACCUCAUUCAAGUGCAUAGUAUUUUGCAAAGGGGACCGAGAGUAUUCAUCUUCAUGCGCUAUGCUGAUAACGGUGACCUUUUAGAUUUUAUUAAACGGAAUGGUGUAGUGCCCGAAAAUCAAGCCAAGCUUUGGUUUAGACAAAUGGCUAGCGGCCUACAAUAUCUGCACAGCAAGAACAUAGCGCACCGAGAUCUUAAAUGCGAGAAUAUUUUGCUAUCAAGACGUUUUAAUGUAAAGCUGGCUGAUUUCGGUUUCGCAAGAUUUUGUACCGAUGGGGAUAACCGUCGAGUACUAAGCCAGACAUACUGUGGCUCUGCUGCAUAUGCGGCCCCAGAAGUAGUUAGCGGAACACCUUACAACCCAAAACUGGCUGACGUUUGGUCUUUAGGUAUCAUCUUGUUUAUAAUGUUGAAUGCAUCAAUGCCGUUCGACGAUUCUAAUUUGCGCAAAUUGUUGAAAGAUCAGAUGUCGCGCAACUGGGUGUUUCGUUCCAGAAUUCGUGACACGGUGUCCGCAGCGGCUAAGUCAAUCGUGCGGCACAUUCUUGAGCCGGACAUAACAUUGAGACUGACUCUCGAUCGGGUGCUAUCACACGAGUGGACUCGACCUCGUAAAGAUAAGAGUGCUAGUUUGAUGGGCCGGCAGGUGCAGUCGGCGCCCUCCGCUCAACCGCACGCUGGCAGCAAGCGUGAGCACGACGAGGCGGGCACGUCGGCCGGCGCGCGCGUUUCUGGCGACCACCGCGAAACUGAGCGCGAACGCCACGACGACAUCAACCUGCGCUCCCAUGAUUAA